CACAGCUGCUCUCUGCAUCCCCCUCUUCUUUCUCUCCCUCUUCCCUCCACUGUCCGCAGCUCCUUUUACCGCACUCCCCAUUCCUCCACCCUCCCAUCCUUUGCGCUCCCCCUCCCCCCUUGCCCCUCUCCUGCACCUUCCUCUCUCCAUCCCGGUCUCUCCCCCGCCCCGCUCCUCUCCGUUCUCCUGCCCUGUCGUCCAUCCCCUCCUUCUCCUUCUCCAGCCGGUGUUUCCGUGCGUGGCGCCCAUUGGCUGCCGGCAUCCGUCCCCCGGAGCCGCCGCCAGACGAGCCCCCUCUCCCGCAGGAGGCAGCGCGGGGCAGGGGCCCGCCGGCGCCAGCCUCGGGGGCCGCGCAUCCCCCGUCGGACGCCAGCCCCGCCAGCCCGGCCACCAGCGGGCACGGGAGUGGGCCCCGGUCCCACGCCAGUCACGGAGGGGAGCGAUGGGCAGGUCCAGGAAGAAGGACCUGCGUCUCCGGUAGUGCACGGUGGGACUCGCUCCCUCCUGGGACCCCUUUGCUCAGUUGCUAUUAAGAAAGGGGAAGGGGAAAAAACAUGACACGGAUUCUCCCAGUGAAGCAGAGGAAAAUGUACAUCCAACGACACAUUGCUAACUGAUACUGCAAGGACGCUGCCCCCUGCUCUCUUCCCUGCCUCUGCUAUGGACACUUCUGCUUUCAGCCUCCCCACGCCGGCAGUGUUGGAGGAAGGGAAUGCCUCUGGCAGCUGGGCAGGCUUCACCACCCCCAACGGCUCCACCACCACCAGUCCUGGUGUGGUUGUCAGUGGUGUCCUCAUCCCCCUGGUCUACCUCAUUGUCUGCGUGGUGGGGCUGGCUGGGAAUUCCCUGGUCAUUUACGUGGUCCUGCGGCACUCUGUGAGCGAGUCGGUGACCAACGUCUACAUCUUGAACCUGGCCUUAGCUGAUGAGCUUUUCAUGCUGGGCCUGCCAUUCCUGGCUGCACAAAAUGCCCUGUCCUACUGGCCAUUUGGGUCUUUCAUGUGCCGCCUUGUGAUGGCCGUGGAUGCCAUCAACCAGUUCACCAGCAUCUUCUGCUUGACGGUGAUGAGUGUUGAUCGCUACCUGGCCGUGGUCCACCCAGGGAAGUCCUCCAAAUGGCGGACAGCACGGGUGGCCAAGGCUGUGAGUGCAACUGUGUGGGUGCUGUCUUCCGUAGUGGUGUUGCCCGUGGUCGUCUUCUCAGACGUCCCUUUAGGGAUGAGCACGUGCCACAUCCAGUGGCCAGAGCCUGCCUCAGUGUGGAGAGCUGGCUUCAUUGUCUACACUGCCACCCUGGGUUUCUUUGGGCCACUUCUGGUGAUUUGCCUCUGCUACCUUCUUAUCGUUGUGAAGGUUCGUUCCUCUGGCAGGCGGGUGAGGUCUCUGUCCUCCAAGCACAAGCUUUCAGAGCGCAGAGUGACCCGCAUGGUGGUGGCUGUUGUGGCUGUCUUCGUCCUUUGCUGGCUCCCCUUCUACGUCCUCAACAUAAUCAAUGUUGUCUGCCCACUGCCAGAGGAGCCGUCCCUCUUUGGUGUCUACUUCCUCGUGGUGGUGCUGCCGUAUGCCAACAGCUGUGCCAAUCCUAUCAUCUAUGGCUUCCUCUCCUACCGCUUCAAGCAGGGCUUCCGGAGGGCCAUCCUCAGGCCGUCCCGCCGGGUCCAGAGCCAGGAGGUGCCAGCAUGCCCUCCAGAGAAGACUGAUGAUGAAGGGGAAGAGGGAGAGGUCAGCAAGAUCACCCAGAAUGGUAAUGAUGGGCAGGAGCACCCUCUAAGCGGUGGGGAAGGAGAAAGCUAUGAGCAAAAGCCACUCCCUGAGGAGCCUGUGGGAUGCGAAAAGAGCAACAAGUUGCAUGUCAGUUAUUUAUGAUGAAAGGGAUGGUGCAGGGGAAAGAGACAUUGGGACAUGGGAUCCCCUUCACCCUCUGUGUCUUUUGACCUCAAAGGCAACGGGAGACAUUGAUACAAAGGAAUAUUAAAGUCCAAGACUGCUUAAAGAUGAAGAGGGCUCCAUGAACUUGGGGGGAAACGCAAGGCAUUGUUCUUGGCUUUGGAAGGGACACCUGAGGUAUGUGUGGUACCAGGUAAAAGAAGGACUGCAUCCAGGGAGAGCUGAAGAGGUGAUGGGUACUGACAGAAUGGAGAGAGCAAAGCCAGCCCAAGAUUGCAUGAUUCAUCCUUAGAUCACCCAGCUGUGAAGGGCAUCAGCUGCAACUGACUGUGGCACCUCAAGGAAGUCCUGAAAUGCCAAAUACAAAAAAUAGGCAUCUCAGUGCCUUGAUUAUCUUCCUUAUAAACAUGAGAAUUGGUUUACUCUAAAAAAAAAAAAACCACAGGAAGGGAAAACAUCUGCAGUAAAGACAUACCAGCCAGUUGCAUGAAUGGCUGACCCUUCAUUAGCUCUACAAGAAAUAAUGGUCACAACUUUCCUACUCAUGCUGGUCAUGGCUGGAGGCCACUCUGAUUGCUCAAAGCCUCCUCUUUCUUUCCAGGGCUCUCAUGGACUAAGGGCAGGCUGAUGAGAUUUAUCUGAGAGAGCAAAUGGGGCAUUUCUUUCUUCCACCUCACAUCCUUCAGGUUCUUCCUGGUGCCUCUGCACCUUGGUGGAAGGUGAAACAAGGGUAGAGAAGACAGCAAGGCAUGGGUUGAAAACAGGGUUUCUUACAAGCUGAAAUGCCCUUUCCAUUUUCUUCCCCCUAAGCCUUAUUGUAAAUAAACAAAAAGCCUUUGGACUUAAAAGGCCAACUGGACAGAAUAAUUCUGUGUGUUUAAGGGAGGGGCGUGCUAUAGAUUUGGCUCUCCUGAGAAUACACAAUGUCUUUGAGCUGAGUUGAUCUCUAUAUGGAGUAACGUUUAGCUGGUACAGGAGAUUGAGGCAUGUAUCAGUACAGCACUAGGACAGGGAGCAGAGGGAGGUCAGGGGAUCUCCAGUGAGAGCUAUGGUUGCAGGAGUAUGGUUGCAAUACUAGGAACUGAUUCAUCUUAUGGAAAAUGGCUUAAGAUGGAGAAGAAAUGAUGUGUCUGCAUGUGGACAAAGGUGGUUGUAUGCAGAAAUUUGAUCACUGGACUGUACAUGUAUGAGAAUGGCUGAACAGAAUCAGAGAUUGAGGAGCCAGGGCUGGUGGGAUAUGUGUGUGGGUUGGGCACUGGUGCUAAUUUGUGUGUGGCAGUGGGGUGUGUAUAAAUGCAUACAAGUGUACAUAAGGGUGUAUGCAUGGGUAUAAAUGUAUACACAGACGAGGAAGUGUGUUUAUGUAACUGUGGAAUGUUUAAGUGUAGAUACGGUUGUGUAGGCAUGCAAGUAUAUAUGGAACUGUGUGUGCACAUGUGAAUGCUUGGGUAAGAGAGUGAGAGUAUGUGUGUUGCUGUGCGUGUUGGAUGAGUGCUCGCUCCUGUGCAUUGGUUGUUGGAGGGAAGUUGUGGGUGGGCCCGUCUCAGUGUGCAGGCUAGAGGAGCAGCAAUGUACGAGGGUGGGUGGGAUAAAGGUCUCUCUCUCCACUUCAGCUUCAUUCCUUCAGGCUUCGCUAAAUAUCUGUCCCCACACCUUGAACUUCUCCAUGAAUGCUGUUGCUAAGCUACAGCCACCAAGAAGACUCUCAUAUUAGUGUCCUUGGUUAUAUCUGGGCAACUUUCUCCACAAAUAAUAUUUGAGAAAUGGGAAGGAGGGAUCCACCAGGAGGAGACAUACCGCCCUCAGGUCAGGAGGUGUUGGAGGAGGCAGUCUCUGGAGCAUCAGUGACAAGAGCUGGCUGAGUGAUGGAAAGGUGUCUCACAGGUCACUUGAGAGAAGGCAUGAGAUAUGAAGGGAUGGCAUGUGGUCAGGUGUGCUAGGACAGAAGUCAAAAGCCCUGGACUGGGAAACAGAACAGCAGCUGAGGAUGACGGGAAUAGAACCACUUUAUGAGGAAGCAAAUGACAACGUCACCCAGAGGUGAUGUGAGAAGAAGUGAAGGCCUGGCAGGCAUCAGGGGAACUGCAGUGCAGGGCACCAGGGUUUGGGAGAGGACCAUUGCAGGACGUCAGGUGAGGAGACACGUCGUAGCCAGGCCAAAGAGCAGAGGAAGGGUGGCAAGGGACUGAAAACAUGACCAAGCAAAAGACAUUCAGCUGUGCUCUCAGCCACUGGUAUGGCCAUCACCUACCUGACAGAGAAAGAUUGUCUCUAUGAAUCCUCCAUCCUCUUGUUUCCUCUUUGAUCCUGGGACGCUGGUGCCAAGCUGUCCAUGCCUGUAGGCUCAGUCUCGGGGGAUGAGCUACCAGCGAUACCACACAGCUAUUGCUUAGCUCCUCUUACAAAGUGUGACUGCUCCCCUGAGUGUGGGCAGUCAGACACCCAGGAAUGCAGGCUCAACUUAUGGGGAAAAGAAAGUGCUUGGUAGCCAGUUUCUAUCCUCUGCUACCUCUUCACAUCUCCUCCUCCUUCCAUCCAUGCAUCAGCUGCUCACACUGUGGGCCCCAGUGAAAAAAGCAGCCAAAUUAUUCAUGGAUGUGGGAUACACAGUCUGCUGGACUAAAAAAUUGUUUGGUUUUUGGGUUGUGUUUUUUUUGCUUGGGGAGCUCCCACAGCAUCCAUUGGAUGAAGCACAAUCAAGAAAUCCUAGCAGAAUGCACUGCCAAAUCUCCUGCCUCUAUACAGGGCAACAAACAGUAGGAAGAUUAAAAGGUCUGGCUACCAAGUGGUCAGAUAGGACAACACAGCACUUUAAACAGGGGUCUGUGUAGCUCCUCUUGCAGUGAGGAGCAGGGCAAGGUGAAUGCUCGGCACCACUGGCAGGGCAAUCACUGUAGGACAGAGGAGAAAUGGUGUCAGCUGGGGAACAUGUAGCACUGUUCAUGGUUGAUGGCCAGACAUUGAAAAAGGCAUGUGACAGUGCAUGAGGACCUUGCAGGAGGCAGCUCAGAUGGGUGGGGGGCAGAUGUAGGAAGGGUUUCCUUCUCCACGGAGUGGCUGCUCAGCUGCCAUGGGGAGAUGGGGGGAGUUCCCUGGCUGCCAACAUGCGUAACAGAGACACUCCCUUUCAACGUUGAAUUGAGCUGAGACUUCAUUUUGCAUGCCUUUGCAGCUCCAUCUGCUGCAAGUCACCACUUAAGAGACUCCACCAACUGCUUGGCUUCUUAAAAUACCUACAUCUCUGAAGAGCCCAAACACUGCAAUGCCAACACCACACAAGUGUGCCAAGGAAACAUCAUUUUGAUACAUGGAGUCUGAGCCCACUAGCAAGAAAGAUCUGCAAGGGACCCUGCUGGGGAAAACAAAAUGUGUUCCAGGGAGAGCUGCAAAACACUGGGGGUCUUUAGUAUAAAUAGGAGUUUAAAAGAAAAGUGUCACAAGCAUCAUAUUUUUCUCUCUUGUGUUUUCUUCUCCCUUCUAUACUGCAUCCUAUCUUUCAGUGACACAUUGGGGGGGCGGGGGGGAA